AUGGUUUCAUGUAUUAACCUCUUUUUCACUCACUUUUCUGCAGGAUUGAGGGUCCAGAGUCUGCCUUCAUCAGCACCCUUGCUUGUUUCUCUUCCUACAAAAAUUAUCCCACCGACAUCCAUCUGGACUAAUUCUCCACAAAGCACUGCUGCAGCCACAGCCUCCCCUACAAGUGGCACACACAGCAACUCAUUACUACCAGUGACAUCAUCAGCCCAAACAUCUCCACUUCCACAAAAUAUUUCCAUAGAGCCCAGAAAGGAGGAGAACACCGGGCCAACUUCAAAUUGGGAAGGCACAAGCAUAGACCAUUCAUCUCCUGGGUUUUUGCCAACAAGUGGUGGAGUCCCUUUAACUGCCACACCCACAGAACACAGCUUCAGCACUUCUGAAACAAGUGUGUCACCUGCAGGGUCCCAGUCACCUGCUGAGUCUCCCACAGUCAUCUCGUCUCAGACUCCAGCCUCAUCACCAUCAUGGCUAUCAACUUUACCACAUGAGGUUUCUUCUGCCUCCAUCACCACUGACAGCAGCUCAGCUGUGACCAGCACCAAGCCCCCAGAAACCCCAACCCUACCAGAAUCCCCAACAGAGGAACACAGCUCUGGCCACACACCCUUUUCACAUGACACUGCUGGGCCAGUGACCCAGGAGACAACACCCCCAGCAACUGUGCCAACUAAGGUAACCUGUGAGCUGCUAGACAUCGAGACCACCACUGCCUCCCCAGGAGUGAUCAUGGAGGAAGUAGAACACGCAUUAAGUUCAGGCAGCAUCGCCGCCAUCACAGUGACAGUCAUUGCCGUGGUGUUAUUGGUGUUUGGAGUUGCAGCAUAUCUGAAGAUCCGGCAUUCCUCCUACGGAAGGCUUUUGGAUGACCAUGAUUACGGAUCCUGGGGAAACUACAACAACCCUCUCUAUGACGACUCCUAA